AGUAGGAAAUGGAACCUAGAGGGUUUUUUUUUUCCUCACUGAUUAUAAGAAGGGAAAAGUACAUGCUUAUGGAUGAAUUUAAAAAGAUCUUUUUGAAACUGGAUGGCACACAGAGUGGUGCUGCUGUAAUCCUGCGCUGCGGUCAGCCCCUGGUUGCAAUGAGUGGCAAGAGGAAUAAAGAUGAGGAAAGAUACCUUGAUAUCAUCAGGGAGGCCAACGGGCAGAUCUCCAAACUGACCAUCUAUGAUGCUAGGCCCAAUGUCAAUGCAGUUGCAAACAAGGCAGCUGGGGGAGGAUAUGAAGGUGAAGAUGCACAUCCCAAUGCAGAACUUUUCUUCUGGGACCUUCACAAUAAUCAUGUCAUGUGGGAAUCUUUGAAGAAGCUGAAGGACAUUGUUUAUCCUAAUGUGGAAGAAUCACAUUGGUUGUCAAGUCUGGAAUCAACCCAUGGGUUAGAACAUAUCAAGCUGGUGCUGACGGGAGCCAUUCAGGUGCCAGACGAGGUGUCCUCGGGCCGGAGCUCGGCGCCGGUUCACUGCGGCGCCGGCUGGGACCGCACGGCGCAGCUCACCUCCCUGGCCGUGCUCGUGCUGGACGGCUACUACAGAACCGUUGAAGGCUUUGAAGUUCUGGUGCAAAAAGAGUGGAUAAGCUUUGGACACACGUUUUCAUCGAUUGAAAAUGGAGUUGCUGAGAUAAGUUUUAACAGUAAGAAAGCAGCAAGUUCUCUAGGGUAUGACAGUCUGUGAGCACUGGACGGGUCCUAUUUCUAUAUUGUGGCAUCAGUGGUGGAGUCUAUGGGGAACUGAAGAGUUUUCCUGGGACGCAGAGUGCUGUCUCCAGCUCUGGGGCCUCCAACAUGAG